AUGGAAGUACAUCUGAACAAUGUUCCCAAGGGCUUGACGGACGACAAGCUCUGGGAUGAGCUUGAGCCGCACGUCAAAGCCCUGGGCAUUCUCGACUGGUAUUGCGAGAAGCCCUCGAGAAGAACCUUUGCCUGGAUCACCUUCCUUAACGAGGCGGAUGGAAAGAGGUUCCUCCAGAAGCAUGAAAAGGUUACCAUGCUUCCGACGCAACCCUGGAGCCCUCCGGUUCCCAAUGGCCGGUUUCGGCCUCGGACAAAGGAUAUGGCACGACUGCAAAUCCUCAAGACACCUAUUUAUGUCAGCAAAAGCACUAGAAAAAUUGACGAAGGUAUUCUCCUUCACCUCAAAAUCCAAAAAGACGAACGGAGGACAGUUGAGCGAAAGCCAGUUGUCGUCGACCGCAAUCCAAAAGCCGAUCCCAUCAGCACCAACGUUCGUCACAUCGCAUGCGGCAAGAAUAUGUUUGACCAGGGCUCCGACGACCUGAUAUUCAUCGAACAAUGCAGCCUGGAUCUCAGAGGCACAGCUAGGUUUGGUCGCCAUGCUCUGAUGCUUAAGUUCAUAGACCAAGAUGAACACCGCGUUGAUAUCCCUUACGACAUCAUCCAGGAUUUAGUGGCUGAUGCGUCUGGUGUAUCAAUGACCCUCGUUCUGACCGAGCCGCCCAGAUUCUACCCCUCGUUCACGAAGUGGAUGAGACAAACAGCGCUGGGCAUGUGGCCUGCUCACGCCAAGUACGUGGCUCACUGCUUGGUCUACCGCAUAACGCUUUCCUCGCAGUAUGUGGAAGUUCUUGAAAGUCUGAGGUCUCGCGAUAUCAUUGCUGUCACAAGGCAGCAACUGCCCGUGCGACGGAACCCUCGGCCCCAUGAGGAGGACUAUUCUACCUGUAUGACCACUUUUGAAGGGUCAAUCCGCUCCGCCAGCGUUUCGAGAACUCGACUCCUCCCGUUUGUUGUGCUGUUUCAGCUGCAGGGUUUGGUGUGGAACAACUACUUGCAUCCGGCGACAGCGCUCAAGAUGCUAGAAGUCAUGGACAGAUUCGCCAAGGACUGCAAGAGAUCAAACGUUUUACUUCCUUUCACCGCUGAUUCGAUGAAAACACUAUUUCAGAAGAUUCCAUAUCCGUGUCCUGGAACAGACUCUCAAGACCUCUCUCCCGAGCAUUUGGUCGCCAGCAUUGUAGAAACUGAGCAAUUGCGUCGAGAAGAGGAUCCGACCCGGGCCACGCCUUACGGUCCACCAAUCCCCGAUUCACAGACAUGGGUGCUGAAGGCCAUAGUCACGCCAACUCGCAUUAUGCUGCAUGGGCCUGACGCCGAGAGCAAGAAUAGGGUCCUGCGCAUGUUUCCACGUCAUGCCGAUUAUUUUGUCCGAGUCAUCUUUAGCGACGAAGACGGCCAGGAUCUGGCCUUGUUCCCAAGCGUCAACAACUCGGCCAUUUUUGAAAGAUACAGGAAAGUCCUCAAGGACGGCAUUCAGAUUGCCGGCCGAAAGUAUGACUUCCUGGGCUUUUCUCACUCCUCUCUUCGCUCCCAUUCGGCCUGGUUUUGUGCGCCAUUCAACGACAACAUGGAGCUCCACAACAAUGACUCCAUCAUCAAGUCGUUGGGUGAUUUUAGCGAGAUCCGCAUCCCAGCCAAAUGUGCCGCACGUAUUGGGCAGGCCUUUUCCGAAACGCCCUACGCAGUCGAUAUCCUCAAAUGCGGCAUCGGAAUCAAGUACAUCCCCGACGUCAAGACAAAGGACGGAAGCCGAGUCUUCAGCGACGGGGUUGGCACAAUCUCUUGGGACGCCAUAGAGGAGAUUUGGGACCAUCUGCCCACAACUUCGGCUCCCACUUGCCUCCAGGUUCGCCUCGCAGGCAUAAAGGGAAUGCUUUCACUUGACUCCAGGCUGAAAGGUAAAGUCGUCUGCAUUCGGAAAGAGUCCAUGAUGAAAUUCCCGAGCAACGAUCAGACCAUGUUGGGAAUUUGUGACAUGGCCUCGAAGCCGUUGCGCCUUGUCCUGAAUCGACAAACAAUCAAGAUCUUGGAAGACAUGGGAACAAAUGCCGAGUGGUUCAUUGAUCAGCAGAACAAGGCCCUCGACAUACUUCGAAACGUAACCGCCACGGCAACAAACACCAGCACGUUCCUGGAGUAUCAGCUGGUGGGCACCACGGUGGGCCUUCCCAAACUCAUCAAAUACCUGAACAAGAUCGGCGUCGACUACCGGCGAGAUAACUUUAUGAAGACGGUCGUAGACCACACCAUCCUGGAGGAGUUGCGGCUGCUGAAGUACAAGGCACGGAUUCCGGUGGACCAGGGUGUCGUUCUCUUUGGCAUCAUGGACGAAACGGGGUUCCUCGAAGAGGGCGAGAUUUACGUCACCUUUGAUCAGCAAUAUGAUAAGAUCCACGGUCGAGUCAAACAAUCUCUCAGGGACGGAUUUGUGCUCGUAACCCGCUCACCGGCUCUCCACCCCGGAGACAUUCAGCCAGCUCAGAUGCGGACACCCCCGCAAGGGCAUCCGCUCCGCGACUUGAAGAACUGUGUGGUCUUUAGCCAAAAGGGGACGCGUGAUUUACCGAGCCAGCUGAGUGGAGGAGAUCUUGACGGCGAUUUGUACAGUGUCUUCUGGGACCCAUACGUCAUCCCCAAGCAGUUUUUUGAAGCAGCCUCAUACCCGAGAGUCAGCCCGCCCUCGCUAGACCGAGCGGUGACGCGAGACGACAUUGCGGACUUCUUUGUCAGAUUCAUGGAGACUGAUAUUCUGGGCGUGAUUGCCAACCGACACCAGAUUAUUGCAGACGUCAAGGAAGAGGGUACUGUUCAUGAGCAAUGCAUCAAGCUCGCCGAGCUACACUCCACCGCGGUCGACUACUCCAAGACGGGAAUCCCAGUGAAAUUGUUGGAACUGCCCAAAGCACCACGCAUACGACCGGAUUUCAUGGCGUCCGCUCCUCCUACCCAUUUGUAUGAUCGUGACGAAGUCGACCAUAUCGGAGAUCCCGAUUCUGACGAAGAUGAUGACGAAGACGGAAUGGGUAUGAGCAAGCAUAGAUAUUACAGGUCGCCUAAGAUACUGGGCGAAUUGUAUCGUGGUGUGGACGAGAAGAAGAUCUGGAGAGAAGACGUACAACGCCCGAUUGACAAGAGUGGUCCGUCCGUAUGGGACAGUUUGGUCAGGCAUGUCCGCGUUGCCCUCAAAGAGGAAGGAUAUGCGCCUUCAGAUAUUGACUACACUCGCCGGAUUGACGAUGCAUGGAAGCUUCGUGAACUGUACGAGGGAGAAGUCGCCAACAACAUGUACCAAUUUUCAGAUAGCCCUCGGGCCCCGAUCAAGGAAGUGGAAGCUUUUUGCGGGUCGAUUCUCAAUCCCCGAGGCAGUCAGACGAGGCGCCAACGAGAUUCGUCUAUCAAGUUGAAGGAAGAAAUGGACAAAGUCAUGAGUUUCUAUGUGAAGCAAAUGCGGGAUCGUGGCGGAGGCGCCAACGGCACUACGGACGACGCGGCGUCAACGGCGACUGACGAGGACAGACAGAGCGAGAAAGAGAUGAUGAAUGCUGUGGAGCUCUGCUGGGCUUGCGUAAUUGUUGGCAGUGAAGCGGUCAAUGGCAAGAGGUACAUGGGGGAUCAGAAGCCGCUCGAAAGCUUCAGAGUGGUGGCGGCAAGUUGUCUUGUGAAGGAGCUAAACGAGCUCUUGACAAGGAAGAGAAUUGGAAGGAUGGGAGGGUAUGUCGGGGUUCGCUCUGGACCUCUGUUCCACGGAGCAUUGCCGCUAAGGUGA